GGAAGCGCCUGCUGCUGCAGCACAGGCAACAGGUGCGCGUAGCUGAGAGGUCUGUAGAGCGGCCGCCGUUGUUGAGAGGUCGAGGUAUUACUGCAUUUCAGAAUGGAACCAUCUCCAUUUAACAGAAGGCAUUGGGCUUCCCAUUCACUGAGGGUAACUGCUAAAGAAUUGUCUCUCAAUGUGAACACAUCAUCAGCUCUCCUACAGAGGUUCUCCAAGUAUCAGAAGGCAGCUGAGGAAGCGGCUGCAGAGAAAAAAAGAAGCAGCUUUGAAACGCUUCCCCCUCAUUUUAAAAGGGGGAGCCUCAGCAUCUUGAAGAAGAAGUGGGAAAAUCCAAGCUUGGGGACGGAGGUUCGGAAGGAGGCUCUGGAAAGCUGCCGUGCUGAGGUUAGGCAGAAGGCUGUCAGCCCUGGUGGUGGAACUGAAAGCGGCUCUGCUUCCCUAGCAGAAAUUAGAAAAACCUCAGGGAUUAGUCCAAGACUUCACUCCUCUUCCAGAGUGUUUGGCCGGUUCAAAUAUCCCAGUGUUGACAGUGAAGAGGAUAAAACACAUUCACCUGACAGUGGGGAAAUGGAAAAUUGUCUUAGAGAAUCCAGACAAGACAUAGGAAAGCUGGAGACCAGUGAAAACUCAGAUUCAUCAGGGAAAAUAGAGAAGUUUAAUGUUCCUCUGAGCAAACUAAAGAUGAUGUUUGAGAGGGGGGAUGCAGUUCAAGCAAAGGUUGUUCAUGACCAUGGCCGAGCUGCUGAGGGUAGGAGAAUCUCAGAGAGCAGCAGCUUUUCAGAGGACCUUGACUUCCCUCCUGCAGAAAGAAUCCACAAUUCUUCAUUAUCAAGCCCGGAGAAAACAGAGGGCAGGAGAAACCUAGAAAUACCUCGCUUUUCAGAAACGUCCAUCAAGGAUAGGCUUGCUAAGUAUCAAGCAGCUGUGUCCAAGCAGGGUGGCUCUUGCAGUCAUGCGGUAAGUUUUACUUCUUAGAGAUGGGUGGCUGUUGCUGUUCUGCAGCAGAGGAUUCCAUCUGAGAUGCUACUGAUGGCUUUGCCUUGAAUGUUCAACGUUCUUGAGGGUCAUGAAUUUCCUCCUUUUAAAGUCUUGUUUCCUAUUAAAGCCACUGGAACCUUUUUCAGGCUCUUUUUUUAUGUGUGUGGAAUGUUUCUCUGUCGUUUUGCGAGUAACCAGUGUUUUGCCUCUGCAGUGGCAUAGAAGAUAAGCUUUGCUUACCUGUUUGUGAAUCAGGCGGCUUUUUAAAAAUGUUAUCAUCGUGAGAGAAAACAAAGUUGCAGACAAGAUUAAGUGACUAGCCACAGAUCUUGCCAUCUCUGAUUUGUUGCUUUGAUCCCCAAGUAAUUAGCUUCAUUUUUCCUCUUGUAACCUCAACCUUGUAAUGUUGAUUCGUACUGCAUUUCUGUGGCUAAUCUGAACUGCUAGAUAAAAUUUAAUUGGGAUACGAGGAAGAGGUGUUGUUAGGCAGGGACCAGGAAAUUGCACCCCUCCAAAUGCUACCAGCUCAGCCACCCUGGACAAUAUUGAGUUAUGAGGAAUUGAAAUCCAAUACAGGUAGUCCUCAACUUAUGACCACAAUUGCGACUGGAACUU